AAAUUCUUUUGCCUCAAGCAGGCCUUUCCAGAGAUUCUUCUACAAAUACGCUAAAGUUGCUUCUGAAACUUUGGUGACGACAUUGAAAAUGUUCCUGGAUUUGUGUUUAUCUAGAGAAUUCACUUCAUUACCACAAAGUCGCAAAUGUCUUUAGUAUACUUUAUUCUUGUGUUUGGUUUAGAAAAACAACAUCUAAUUGACAGCAGUUAUCUUAGAAUGUAACCAAAAGAUGGCAGCAAUCCAAUAUUUUUUUCUACCAAGCAAACAAGAGACAGUUUAUUUACAGUUUUAUGAACUCUGCUCUGCUAUCGGAAGAGAAAGAUGCUAUGGAUUCUAUUUCCUAUUGGAAAGGGAAGAAUUAAAACAAUUUGAGAGGUAAAAAAUACUCUGCAGGAUUUUUAUUAAUGUAAGAAAACAAAGCAGAGGAUGAACCAUAUUGAGAUGAAGAACUCACCAGACCAAGAAGAAAUAUCUUUUGUUUAAAUGCUUUCAUGUUGGACAAUUCCCAGAUGGAACUUCACCUUAUAGUGACAAAAAGACCCAACCAGACCCCCCAAUAAAGCAUUAGCUUCCCAAAACACAAGAAACUGGAGACACAACCAGAAAGAGGCAAAUUUCCUCACCCUUUAACAGUGAACCUGUCAUGAUUUCUAGUGUGUAACCUUAAUGUAUGUGUGCUUCGACUUUGGUGGUGACAUUCACAACGGAAAUGACUAGAUUAAUGAGUUGGUCUUGGGCCUUCCUGCAGCCCUGUGAGGUCAAGGAAAAGGCUCCCAGCAACUCCAUUUUUGUCUGAAUCAGCUGCUGUCUGGUGGCAUGCCAAAAGAGCCUGAAAUUGUGCAAUGUACUAACAUGCACCUUAUGUUGGGUUUGGAUUAUCGGUGCGGUCAGGGAGGUGAUAACAAAACAGAAGCCACAACGAGAGUUUUUGGGGAAAAUGGGGAAUUAACUGUUUAUUGGGCUUACAAUGCAGAAAAAUUCCAAAACAACAAACCCUCAAAUAACCAAGCUCUCAAACAAAGAGCCUUUACUCCCAGCCCCAAGGAUUUUCAAGUUCAAACACCUCACAAAUCAUAGCGCGUAACAUCUUUCAAAACAGAAAAUCCCUUAGGAAAAGGUUUCUCAUAAUUACAAAUUUCCUUGCAGGAGAUUGCUCAACAACUCUUAAGCAACAUUUCCAUUAUGUGCAAAGCCAACACAAAAGCUUGUAGUGUUCCAGAGUGCAUUCACUGGCUGGUGUAGCUGUGUGAGGUUACAGCUUUGUAGGGUGAAUAUGAAUUAGGGACACAAUCCUGGUGAAUGAUCCUCACACUUGUGAAGUGGCAUUAUCACCUUAUUAAGGUUUUUCAUACAAUUCAGCAGGAUUAAUGCCCUGCUAUUCAAACAGCGUGUUACCUCACUGCAGAAAUACUUUGGGUAGUUUAAUGGCCCUGAUCUCCUGAUCAGGGGCCAUAACUUAUUUUAAAUGAUGAAAAUCCCACAAACAUUUUCUUUGACUUAGUAUUUACUUUUGGUAGCUCAAGGCUCCAGGCUGAAGUCUGUCAUUUCAUGAUAUGCAAUUCACACACUUUUGUCUUCUGAACAGAAGCAGUUUGUCCAAAGGAAGCAGAGUGACUGGGAAUUGCUUUUUCCUAGAUAAGGUUUUAAGAGAAAAGCUACGGGAGAAAAGGGUCAAAAAGACAUGAACAUCUGAAAUGUAAUAUAAAAUUUGCUUGCUUUCAAAAACCUUAAUCUUUUCUUUGUGACUUUUGACUUACCCUGAUAUUAGGUAAUUCUAAUUAUACAACUCUGAAUUGCUACUGAAUCUUAUUCCUGAGGGGACAAAAAUGAAUUAAUUCUGUUUCACCACUUGCAGAAAUUCAGGUUCUUUCCCUCAUAUCCCUGCUGUGCUUUAUUUAGGCAGCUGCUACCUACAGCUGUGAAGACACACCUUGUUUUGUUCACAGGCCUGCAACUUUCCAGUCCUUCUUGUAAUUACUGCAGUGCAGUCAGUGUUGAGCCAAAUGCACAAGGCAGGAGGGUUUGACAUGAGCAGGAGCAGUUUCUGAAAGCAGUGUGUGAUGUGGCUCUAGAAGAAGCACAUGAAUUCCUCAACCUCUUUGUUAAGUACACAAAAUAUUGAUGCUUGCAGUGAGUUAAACAUCUGCAUUUCACUUCAAGCAUGAAGUGAACUUUGAAAAUGCAGUGCACACUGUUUUUAUUAAAUUCAACUGCUUGAUAAAACUUGGUUAUCAAAAGAACUUUUAAAAGAAGUGACCAAUAAAGAAUGAUGUCCUUUACCACAUUUUAAAAACAGAUGUACUAACCUUUAUCUUUUUUUUGUGGCUCCCACAUGUACCUUUCACGUGGAUUGUGGCUCCAUUACUGGUCUUACUAAGUGUGUUACUUUUGGUCUAUGUGGUGAUUUAUUUAUGUGAUAAAAUCCAAGGUUUUCUUCUCAAGAAAAAGCUGUACAGGAAGAGGAUCAUUCUCAUAGUUAUCCUAAAGCUUAAAGAUUGUUUAUUUUUUCAGGAGGAGAUACAACAUGAAUAGAUUAUUUUUUUCCAAAAAAACAAAAGCAUAGAAUUAUUUAGAAAUUUUAAUAACUUCUGAGAAAAUUUGGACCAUCACUAUUGGUCUACACUAAACCCCAAAGGAAUUCAAGACAUACAUGCAUUUUUCUUUGAUACCUUUGACCUACUGCUUUUUGGUGAACAAUUUACAUCUCAAAGUAUAACUACUUCAGGCAAUACAAGAUGAAGAAUAUGUCCUAGGAUAUAUUCUAAUCAGGGUUUUCUCCCAUGAUGUCCCAAACUACUGCUCAUAGGAUGAGUAAAAUUUCUUCUUGGAGUGUGCAGGGCAGUGUUAGUGCUCAAGUAACCCAUAUUUUGGAUGAUAUUGCAACAGAAAAAGGUGAAGCUUGUGAGUGGUGUUCCUUAUUUCACUUGAUCAAGGAGCAAAAUGCUGUAACUCAAGAGCUGAGAAGGGGAAGCUCUGAGAAGAAGGUCACAGGCAGGAGGUGACAACAGCUCCCUGAGGCUGAACAUGUCACUUGUCACUGAUCCAGACAAAGAGUGUUGGCUGCAGCUGGCUCUGUUCUUCUGGAGAAGGGCUCAGAGGACACAGCCAGCACGUUCCCACAAAACCCAACCCUGCUGCUUUACGUAGCCAGGCCCGUCACAGCAAUGAUCCCUGCACUGCCUGUGGGGAUUCUGUCAUCCAAGAGCCACAGGAUCACCACCUCUGGUACACACAGGCAGGCACAUGAAGGUUUUUUUCCUUAAUGCCUUCUGACUCUGCCUGGCUGGUAUUACUGUCUGAUUUAUUCCUCUUUGAAUGAAAAGUUUUGUUUAAUCUCAAAUGAUCUGUCUUAAUUGGCUGAGUAUGUGGAAACAUUUGAGUUUGGGACAGGCCCAAAACAAUAACCACUAACUUGUUCUUUUUGGUUGUUGGUGUUUUGUUGGGUUUUUUUUUUCCCUGUUGGCUACUGAACAAAAAGAAAAAAAAUAAAUCAAUUAUUUGCAUGUUUUAUGUUUUAACAUCAGCUGCAGAAGAACUAAGUAGGAUUAUGCCUUUAUUUGAAAUUGAAAAUCAAUGCGAAAUGUGAUCAACAUCAAGGCAGACUUAGAGAAACAACCAGGAUAGAGAAGACAGGGUAGUUUGCCCUUUUAGAUGUAUUUUUUUUUAUGAAAAACUUGAAUUCAAACUGAAUUAAUAUUGGAAUUUUUUAAAAAUUGAUAUUAUUUGGGGAUUCAUAGUUUCUGUUGAUUGGGAAUAGAAAUAGAGCUGUAGGUGAUGCACAUGUUCUGUUUCAGGAUAGUGAUCACUUGUCACUGCAUAAUGUGAGCAGCUGGUUUAGAUCAGGACAUAAUGACAGGUUUUAAACUUAUUCAAAUCAGUAGUUUUUCUGGGCCAGAAAAUAUCUUAAGUCAUCACCAGAAUUGCAAUUUCCAGACAGUAUGAGCUUCAAAAUCUUCAGCUGGGAUCUCCAGAUUAGCUACGUCUCCAGUGAAGGUAAAACACAGUGUGGAGAAGGAGACAGCAUAAAAGACAAGGAAAUAAUUUUCCAUGUUUGUCUUACAAUAAUGUAGUACAGAAAAGAAAUGAAAAUAAUGCUAUUAGAAACUGCCCAACACAAACAGGGUUUAGAGAGAUGAACAAGAGCUUUGGCUGUAUCUUGCUGCAGAAAGGAGUCUGAGGUGGGAUUGAAGACUCAUGCUGCCUCUACUGCAGAGCCAAGCACAGGCUGUGGUUUCUGCUGCAUCUACGUCAGUAGCUUUUGACUCUCAGAUGGAAAAUUAGAAUUAAAAAAAUUCCAUUCUUGUUUGUCCAAGUACAAAUUAAAUAACUGUAAUUUUCUUUGUGUGCUGUGGCAUUUGGGAAAUAGGAAUAGCUCACUUAGGUGCUGGCUAUAAAGGCACUCUCCCUCUCUUUUUUCCCUUCCUCUUUCAAGUAUAUUGUAUUUCAAGCUGUCAUUUGAUACGUUGACCACCAAAUUAAACACCUACAACUACUGUUAUUUUGCAUUGUUGUCACAGGAACAAUGUUAAAGCAGUUAUCCAGUAAACACAGCUUUGAUUAGGUGAAACAGCUGCCAAGAGCAGCUCAUAAGAAGAAUGUGAAGUAAACUUAGAAGGUGAUGUUUUGGGUACGAUAGAUAUGUAAUUAGGGUCAAUCCAGGGGUCACUUUUGGUAAAUUAGCAAUAUUUUAUUUAUUUAUUUGUUUAUUCAUUUUACUCGCUGCAUAUCUUUGAAAAGGCUAAACUGAAAAACUUAGUGGUCUCAAUUACACUUUGGAAGAGUUCCUGUCAGAUCUAACUUAUGUCUGUCUCCAAGUUCAGAGUGUCAGAUCACACUGAGGUUUUAUUGUCAGGAAGCAGGGCUUGGGCUGUCACUGAAUGAAAACAAAAGUAAGUUCUGUGGAAAAUAGUGAAUAAGUGAGUAGCUGCACUUUCUGGGAAAGCUUUCAUAAAUGAAAGGAGAAACCAGAUAGCUAAAAGAAUCUUAUGCUGUGAGGAAAUGAAAUUUCUCUAAGCAGGUUUGAUGCUGAUGAUCAAGUAGAAAUGUUUGCAGGCACUGCUUGUGUCUGAUGUGGCCCCAGCCCAUGGGCACAGCACUGCCUGUGCUGAUGGUUUUGCUAAUCUGGGUGCAGAGCUAAACUCUGGCAAGCCUUGGUUUCACAGCUCUAACUCUGGGUAGAGUUGCUUGGCUUGUAAGAUAAGAGGUCCUGAUGCAGCAUUUUCCACUGUCCAUCUGCCUUCCAAUUCCCAUAGUUUUGCUACAAAGUGGUGCUGUGACAUUUACUGUGGAGGUAUGGCAAGAGGGAACUACAAUUUUUUUCCUCCAAAACUGCCUGCAAAGUAGCCCACUUAAUCUUUAUAUUAUGACCUAGUUACUACAGAGAAAAUGUUGUCUUAGGAGCUUGAGUUGAUAACUUUUCUCCAAGUUUUACUGUUAUUGUUGCCUAUAAACCCAGGUAUACUAGAGAAAAAAAGAAAGCCUGGCUUACCAAAUGUCACAUUACCUCACUUUACAUGUAUCGUAUAUAUUACUUUCUCUAACUCUUUGUAGAUGAGAUAUCACUGUGUAAAAAGAAUCAAGGAAAAGAAAUGAUGAGGAAGAAGUUGGGUCAGUUAUUUGGUGAAGUUGUGAUGUUUUCUCCCUCCUGUCAAUAAAUUGAUCUUAUAAUGGCAAUGCCAACAAAAUCUGGGAUAUGAGUGCAGCAUAAUGGCCUCCAUUUGAUUAUUGCUCUCUGGUCAUCAGUUGCCAAUAAUCUUCACUAGCAUUAGUUUUACCUACACCUUUAUUGUUCUUUUUACAGAAGAUAGCAAGGAUUGGACUGAGCUCCCUUCUCUAUAGGUGAUAAGAUUAGGAUUAGUAUACAUCAGCAAGGCAAUGCAGUAACACCAAUUUACUACCUCUUAGUUAUGAUUUCCUCACUCCUACUUCUCAAACUUUCUAUCCUCAAAGUAAACUACACAAUUAGUUUAUUUAUUUUUUCCUACAGUUAUGCUUCUGUCACUCAAUGAAGUCUAUCAGUCUCUGCUUUAUUUCCUAUUUUCAGUGUUAGACAAAAGUGAAAUCCUGAUUUGGAGGCCAAACAUGAUAUAGGAGGAAUAAACAUAUGAUAUUUUUUCCAAUGUAUUUCCAGUGUCUUUUCUUUAACUGGUCCAAUAUUAUUUUUCACAAAAUGUCAAGAGAGUAAUGUAACUAUUCUAUCAUAACUAUUCUCUUGUAAGUAGAUUUUUUCUCAGUGCAUUUAAUAGGAAAGAGUACAAAUUUCUAUCUUUCUAUUUUGUCUAAUUACCUGUUAUCUAAACUAGGUAACAGCUUAAAGGGUAAGCAAUAUAAAUAAUUACCUAGGACUUUUAAUUAAAUUUGGAUAGUUUAUGAUUUAACAGGACAGGGUGCUAGGCUAUCUUGUCUACACUGUGUUUUUUGCCACAAAAGUUUGGACCAGAUGCUUCUUAAAAUCCCUUCCAGCCUGGAUUGGUCUGAGUCAUCACUUUCCACUAUAAUUGUGAACUCCAUUGGCAGUGACCCUAUGUGCAGCCUUUGGUACAUGGCUAACAGAUCUAACAGACACAAAGACUUUGAAGCUGGGAUUAGAAAUGUUAAAAACAUCCCCAAGAACUCGUCAUACAUGGACAUGGACCAAAGUCUAGAAUGGAACAAAAUAUGUGUCUCUCAAGGUUGGGUUUCUGUUAUGGAGCAAAUGGACAAACUGGGCUGAUAGACAGUGAGCGCUUUUCAGCUGUGUUUAAUUGUCCUUCAUCUGUUAACCAGGAAACAGGUAUUAUUAUUAUUUCAUUUUAUACAGAGGGGUCAGAAGUAGAGAGAAAUAUAUUUAAGGUCAUUCAGGAAGUCUACAGCAGAACAGAGGAAAACAGGAAUUUCUGAGCUCCAGACCAGGAUGCUAGGCAUGGGACAGCUCAUUUCCUCUCUGUAGGAGACUCUGCUGCCAAAUUGCAUUAGAUGAGAACAAGUCCCUCUUGUUUACAUUUCUUUAAAACAAACCUUCAUUAGGACUGGAUUCAAUACAUCACAAAUACAUUAUCAAGGUUACCAUGAACUGUUUAUAAAUCUCUAAAUCCUAAGGAUAGGAUUGGCUCAUGUAAAUGAAAACGAGAUCACAAGACUGAGGACAAAGGCAAGUAAGUUUUCUGAGUAAGGUUAUUUGCUGAUGUAAGGCAAAUGAGUUGAAAAAGCUCAGAGAAGUUUUUAUGAAUGGGUAAAACUUGUUUGUGUGAUUGAAUAUGUCAGAAUAAUUUAAAACCUCAUUUAUUAUGAAACCGAAUCUGCUUGUUUGAAUAUUGCAUCUAAUCCCCCAAGGCUGUUUACAUAAAAGCAAACAAUCUGCUAAUGUUAAAAAAUAUACACACUUCCCUCAUUUCCCAGUUCUUUCUUAAGAAAAAAGAAAAAAAAAAAAAAAGAAAAGAAAGAAACCCAGUUUUGUGCAAUAUUCUUAAACUUAGAGAUUGUCCUUUUGCAAGAGCCAAGUGUCGCUGAGCUGCCAUCAUCUGCAAAAGACAUUGCUCAAGUAAGUAAUGGAAAAAACCCCUGCUUUAAAAUAAAAUCAAAUGAAACUGUUUAUGAUUAGUGUUAUCCUUACUGGAUUAUAAGUAUUGUUUAACACCUUGAAUACACUAUAAUGAUACUCUUAAUUUUUACAGUGACAGAGCAUUCCACUUUGGCUCCUGGACAUACGUCAGGAUAUGUUUUCGGUACAGUCACUGUACAGACAAAAUUUUUCUUCAAUCUUCUUUUUUUUUUUCCAACGUGCUUAUAUACUUCAGUUACCAUCAGAUUAAUUCCACCAUGAAUUCUGUGUUUUUCCUCACUUUUCAAUGAAAGUUUUCUAAGCUGCACUAAAUUUGGGCCUACAUCUUGCUGGCAUUACUCCUUCCAUGGCUCUGCUGUAGUGACAGACGUACAGACUGCUCUGUGUUUUGCCUGUGAGUGAACAGCCAUUCAUUUAUUUGGCUGAGUGCAAUCCUGCUGAAGUCAAUGGGGGUUCUGUCUUUGAUUUCCAUGAGUCUUGACUUUCAGCCUGUGUCUGAAAUGGGGGUCAGAAAGUUCUGAGGGACAGGAGCUAAAGCGAUGGAUUUGAUUAAAUCUGUCUGCAAAGCUGGUAACUCAGCCAGCUCUGCUUAUGGGAUGAGACAGAUAAAUGUGUCUUCUGGUGUCCAGUGUCAGCCACAGCCACAUGUUCAACACAGGACUGCCCAAGAAUUGACUGCAAUGGAAUAAUCUUCAUAUAAACAAUUUAUAAUUUUUUUGUGUGUUUUUUUGUGUGUUUUUUUUUUUUUGUUUUGUUUUGUUUUGUUUUUGUUUUUUGGCUUAUUCAACAGCCAAAAUCUAGGCAUAAAUGAACAGUUUAAAGUACUUCACCUGGGCCCUUUUAGCUAUUUCAUAAUCAUGUAAACAUGUGUCUUUAGAAAUGUGUCAUAAUAAAAUGUCUGAAUUUCUCUUGGUUACUAAAAGAACAUUAAAUGCUUGCUUAAUGUCUGUCAGGUAAAUACAGAUAUAAGACUUUUAGACCUGCAUGCAUUCCUUUCUAUUCAACACUGGAGCAUAGGGAAGAGUGAAGCUGGAGUAGGGCUCCCAUAACAGCCUUCUUUAUUGCCACCCACAUCCCCCCCUUCCCAAACCUCUGUAACCUUCCUGAUCUCUGUUACUCUUCAGUUAAACACCACCUUUCAUCCCUCCUAUCCUAUUAAUGUGGCCAGUUGUCCCUCACUCCCUCUUCUCCUUUCUUUGGGAAUGAUUUUCUUUUCUUUUUCAGGCUUAUCACUUCAUAUAAUUAUUUUUUUAAAAUAUAUUUCAACAUAAUACAUCACAGGGGAAGAGCUUUAUCCUAAAGUUAUUCUCACAAUUCCUUUGGGAAAGCAGGAUGAUGUAUUUGGCCAAGGGAUAUACUGUUUUGUCUUCUGGCAGGUGAGUGGUGAUUAUCCUAGGUUGGCUCUUUACCUUAUUUCCUUAUCAACAGUUUUGGUAUCUACACAAUUUAUCUCUCCCAGCUCUUCAACAAAGCAUAAGAAUUCUUGGCAUGCAUCAUCUAUCUCCAAGACUAAUAUAGGCUCCAAUACCAGAAUAUUAUUUCUCAUUUUUACCUAUCAUCUUGAUUUAUAUGAAUCUUGCCAAUAAUUUAUGGUGCUACUGCAUCUGUCAAGAUGAGUCUUCUGCUGCGUUUAAAGGUGAUAUUUCUAAUAAUGCUUGAAAAUGGUGUGCAUUUUUUGUUGGAAAAAUAUAAACCCCAAAGUUAUAUCCAGUCUCCAUACCUUUUCUUUGAUCAGAUUUUCCUCUGUAUUGUUGAUAUAGUAAAAACAGGAGCUCUUUGCAAAGAUUAAUUAUCAACCAAGACACAGAUGUUGUAAUGCACAGUCUGUUUUCAGUUGUGACAGGAAACCACAGCUCACACAAGGGCUCUGCUCUAUGGAACCUGUAAAGCAACACUGGCUGGCUCCAAACAGGUUGGGCUGGAAUCUGGAAGCUGCAAUUUUUGUUGGCUAACAAAAUCUUCCACCAGUGACCUCCCUUGUGCUCCUCAGCCCAGUGAGCUCCCACACAGUGUACAGUGUUCUGACUUCUCAGAAUUGGGAAAAGGCAUAAUGGGGCACAUGUUGCAAGAUCUGUUUUGAUAAAUAGAUAGGAAUUUUCUCCCUAGAAUAGGGUUAUAAAUUACUAGCUUUUUUUCCAAGUGUUUUAAUGAUUUCACUGUUUUAUUUCUAUCAACAAUGAUGAAAUCCAGGUCCUUGGUUUACCUGACCCCUUUUGAAAAUUUGACUACUUUCACUUUUUCUGGUAAGACUGCUUUGGAGAUUUUGUGUUUUUGCUUGGUCUUCUGGUGCUGAUGGAGAACUGGAGAUUCUGCUCAGAAAGGACGAAACCAGACAAGUGUCUGAUCCAGAUGACCUGCAGUUCCUUUGGCAGAAGCUCCAGAAGCAGGAGGUAUCUCAGAAACAACGUUUGCUUGGUUCCAAUAGUACCAUCAAUAGUACCAUCAGCCAUUUGAUGAUCAGCUCCUUGGCUAAAGGAUUGCCUCUGAAUGGACUUCUUGGACUCCUUUUGUGAGAUCACACUAAACCAGAAAAUCUGUCUUUGCUCUUUCUAGUGAAAAGAUCUGCAAUGCAAAUGCCUUUUGACUGCAAGACUUCUGAAAUGCUUUGAGGGCUGCGUCUCCUUUCCUAACCAUGAACAGUUCAAAAUCAUCAGGGCUGGCUGGAUUUGGAGCCUUGAAAAACACAACGUGCCACACGGAGAAAAAGAUUUCAGUUUUCUUUUCAAUAAUCUUCAUGACGGCGGGAAUUUUGUCCAACAGUCUUGCAAUAGUAAUUCUCAUGAAGGCAUACCAGAGAUUCAGACAGAAAUCAAAAGCCUCCUUUCUGCUUCUUGCCAGUGGUUUGGUUGUCACAGAUCUCUUUGGUCACCUCAUCAAUGGAGCCAUUGCAGUGUUUGUGUAUGCAUCAGAUAAAGACUGGAUUCGAUUUAACCAGUCCAACAUUCUGUGCAGUGUUUUUGGAAUCUGCAUGGUUUUCUUUGGUUUGUGCCCACUCUUCCUGGGCAGUGUGAUGGCUGUUGAACGUUGCAUUGGAGUCACUAAGCCAAUAUUUCACUCUACAAAAAUGACUUCUAGACAUGUGAAAAUGAUGUUGACUAUGGUAUGUCUGUUUGCUGUUCUUAUAGCUUUGCUGCCUAUUCUUAGGUUUAGAGCCUACCAAAUUCAAGCAUCGAGGACCUGGUGCUUCUAUAAAACAGAACAUGUUGAGGACUGGGAAGACAGAUUUUAUCUCUUACUUUUUUCUUGCCUUGGGUUCCUGGCUCUUGCUAUUUCAUUCCUGUGCAAUGCUGUCACAGGAAUUACCCUCUUAAGGGUCAAAUUUAAAAGUCAACAAAGACAAGGCAGAUCUCAUCAUUUUGAAAUGAUCAUUCAGCUCUUGGCUAUAAUGUGUGUUUCUUGCAUUUGCUGGAGCCCAUUCCUGGUGACAAUGGCCAGAAUUGGGAUUAAUGAAGGUCGCUCGAAGGAGACCUGUGAAACGAUACUUUUCGCUCUCCGAAUGGCCACGUGGAAUCAGAUUUUAGAUCCCUGGGUGUACAUUCUUCUCCGGAAAGCUGUUCUUAAAAACCUGUACAAGAUCACAAGCGGAUGUUGCGGUGUGCACGUCAUGAACUUACACAUGUGGGAACUCAGCUCCAUCAAGAAUUCUCUGAAGGUUGCAGCAAUAUCAGAGUCACCAGGAAGUUCCAAACAGAUAAACCUCCAGCCUCUCAGCUCUAUGGGACAAUAAAGUUUAACUCAGUCUAUGAAGAGAUGAUGGAGGCGACGCUCCUACCUGGGCAGUACCUUAAAAUGGGUUCCAAGACUCAGUGGUUUGGCAUUUGUUUUAAAUUGUGAGUGGUUUGCUAUUGUUGCUUACCAGUUUGAUAUUGCUACUCCAAAAGAUGCCCUUGAAUGUUUUAAUUCACUUUAGAAUACGUCCCUUCCAAAACUGGUAGUGGAAUGUUAAAUCAUCUAUAUUUUUCCCUUCCAUGUACUAAAGUGAAGAGGGCUCCUUAUAACACUCCCCACCAAACCUUUCACCUUAACAGCCUUCUUACAAGUGCAGAAAUGAUCUCCAGGGUGAUUUUUAAAAGGAGUUAAUUUUUUCUUCCAGAGAUACCCUCAAAUCCUUUGCAGAGUCACCGGUUUUUAGAAUAAAGUCAAGUAUCCUUUCCAUAAGGGUAUUCUGUGCUUCUAGGCAUUGAAUUUACCAACUGUACAUAUAAAAGACAUUUUGCUUAUGCCCAGUUCAUUAAAUGAUCCACUGUGCUUGGUUCACUGACUUGACCUCUUGAUUAUUUACUGUUCCGUGAAUUUUUGGGAGAGCUGCAAACUCUGCAUCAGUGUUAGUGUUCCUUUGAAAUCACUGACAAAACCUGAGGUUCCCUGUGGGAACACAGAAGCAGAUGAGCUCAGCUUCCUUACAGUUAUGUUUUGAGGUGUAUUGGUGAGCUUUUAGUCCUUUCAACAAAUUUUGUUGAGAGUAACAGGCAUAAAGCAGUGGUUAUUCUGUGAAAACAGUAGUUUUCCCCUCCCUCCCAAACUGAAGGAUGAUUCUGGAAGCGUUCUCCUAGUGCAUGUACUGAAAUACUCUUGUGGUGCAUCUGCUUCAUUUGUAAGAGGUCACAUGUGUGUUGUGAAAAUGUAUGUGACAAAUGAGCACCUCUGCAGGGAACUGCUUUGGGAGCAGGGUUUUGUUUGUGAGAGCAAGCUGAAUGCUCAGCUUUGGCAGGGUCUGUGUCUGAAGAGCUGAGAGCAUUCAGUAACUUGAACGUACCAGACAAUUUUCAGGACGGUUUCACACGGAAGGCCCUUCACCUUUAAUGCUGCUAAAAGAAGCUUUGUUUUUUGUGACUGUAUGCUGUUCAGAAGCCAAAAAUGAGAGAUAUUGUUUUAAGAUAGGUCUAUGUUAUUUUUACCUACUUAACUUCAAAUAACUACAUUAGUGAAGUGCUGGUAUAUUUGAACAAAAUAGUUAAAAACAGAUUCACUAAGAAGGCAGUCUAAGGGACCAAAACUAUUCAUGAAGUACAAAUUCAUGUUGUAUGUGAGAAUAGUUUGUAAGUCAGAAAGUAAAAACCCAAAAGGUUUAAAUUUUAUUUUUUUUCAAGCUAUUUCCUUUUUGUUUUAAAAAGGUUGAAAAAUAAGUGGGUUAGAUAACCCUGUAAUGAAAUGGCUUUAUUUACCCUAAAGAAUUUCUGUUUGUGAUUUUUUUUUUUCAGUCAUAGGGCUGAUAAAUGGUGGACAGAUUUGAUGCUGGUAUAAAUUCUGCACUAUUGAUUCACGUGAGUUCUGCUGAAAUCUGGAAGCAUUCAGUCAGUGCUCAACUUGUCUUUUUCAUUUUGUAGAAUGUGAUGUCAGUGUAUCUGUUGACAUAAAUUAUUUGUUCCUUAUGGAAGAUUGUUGUUUUAGCAGCUGCAAAAUAAUGUUGGUCCAUAAAUUGUUGAGAUAUUUGAUUGGUGAAUGAAGCUUGAAAAUGUUCCAUUUUGUUGUGUGAAUAAAUGUAGCUCAUGUUGUUCAUUCUGGUGGGCUUGUAAAACAACAAAGCAAAGUUUAUAUGUAUAUGUGAUUUCUUAUAUUUUGUGUACUGAUACACAUUGAAUGUAAAUUGCGAAGCCUCAUUAAAGUUACCAAACAGUA